AUGUUUCGUAAUGGCUCGAUCUAUAAAAUCAUAUGCAGAGCAAACGUGAAGAAUGAAGAUUCGGAUCUUGAGGAGUUGCUAUCGGUCACCGAAGCACCGAAGCCCAAAACUGUGGCCAAACCACCCAAGCGCAAAGUCGUGGCCCAACCAGCUAAGCCGCAGACUGAGGCCCAACCAUCGACGUCGCAGUCUACGGCGGACGUGGAUGCGCUGUUCAUUGGGCGGCCAUUGGUGGUGCAGCGGGUGGCUAAGAGGAAGCCUGUCGCGAAGAAUAUUAAUAUGAAAGUCAAAGUUCCAUAUCAACACGCUAAAUCAAACAACAAUAUACAUUGA